UCCCCCUCGCAAUGCUCUCUGUUCGUUUUGUCGGUAGGGGAAUUUGAACAGGCAGCAAGUUCGCCUCGUCGCUUCGCAUCUGCUCCACCGGACGUCCACCGGCCGAGGGCUUCGAUACGCGAUCAUGGUCAACACUCUGCUUUUCUUGGCUUUCGUGUCGGCGGCUUCAGCCUUUCCCCCGUCCGACCGAGACGAGUCUCACUUCAAGUCGUGGAUGGCACAGCACAACAAAGUGUACAGCAUGAAGGAGUACGAGGAGAGACUCCAGAUAUUCACUGAGAACAAGAGGAGGAUUGACAAACACAAUGAAGGAAACCACUCUUUCACAAUGGCGCUGAACCUGUUUUCAGACAUGACAUUUAGUGAAUUUCGAAAGUCUUUCCUCUGGUCUGAGCCACAGAACUGCUCUGCUACCAAAGGGAGCUAUGUCAGCAGCAACGGACCACAUCUGGACUCCAUUGACUGGAGGAAGAAAGGAAAUUAUGUGACAGAUGUGAAGAAUCAGGGAAGUUGUGGCAGUUGCUGGACUUUUUCAACAACCGGCUGUUUGGAGUCUGUUACCGCUAUCAGAACUGGGAAGCUGAUACCACUGUCAGAACAACAGCUGGUGGACUGUGCCCAGGACUUCAACAACCAUGGGUGUAAUGGCGGUCUUCCCAGUCAAGCAUUUGAAUACAUCAUGUACAACAAGGGACUGAUGACAGAGACGGACUAUCCAUACAAAGCUAUGGAAGGUACUUGCAAGUAUAAACCAGGACUGGCAGCUGCUUUUGUGAAGGAUGUGGUGAACAUAACAGCGUACGAUGAGAUGGGAAUGGUGGAUGCUGUCGCCACGCGCAACCCUGUCAGCUUUGCCUUUGAGGUGACCUCGGACUUUAUGCAUUACCACCAGGGCGUGUACACCAGCACUAGGUGCCACAACACCACAGACAAGGUGAACCAUGCAGUGCUGGCAGUCGGGUAUGGAGAGGACAAUGGCACCCCUUACUGGAUAGUAAAAAACUCAUGGUCAUCCAGCUGGGGGAUUGAUGGCUAUUUCCUCAUUGAACGUGGAAAGAACAUGUGCGGACUGGCUGCCUGCUCAUCUUUCCCGGAGGUGUGAUUUCUGCAUGUUAGCAAACUGCCAAGGGCUGAAAAGGGAGCAGAAUCCAACCAGUUUUUUAAUCAUUAUUAUUAAAUGUGGUGAUUUAUAUAUAAUCAGUAGCCUGCUUUGCUUCCAUGUAAAGUCGGUUAUUGCACAAUGAAGCAUGUCCUAGCAUCCAGUAGAACACACUGACAGGAUAGUUCAAGUCAUAUCCAGAAUAGUAAAAACCCCUGAACUUAUCACCUAAGUACCAAUCAUUCAAUUCAUUGUGGUUCAAUUUUCAAAUAAAAUCUAUUAAAUUUGUUUGAGUCUUUUAUCACUAUAUGCACCAGUCACAGCUGUCUGUAAGGUGUCCAAAUUUGAUGGCUAUAGUUAUAAUGAUUGAGGAAGGUAUAAUCCACAAUAACAUGUUGCUACCUGUCAUUACAAAAAACAACUGUAUUAAGAGAGU